UUAUAAAAACAUUAAUAUUCAUGGGAAAAAACAUGUAGAACAGAAAGGGAAGUGGUGGUUGAUUAUGGUGGAGCAUGUUUAGAAGCAUGUGUGUCCUCUAUUUGAGUCAAUGGUAUGAUUUGUAACAGAAAAUGUUGACAAGAAAGAAGAGAAUUAGAUAAAAACAGAUAGGAUGGGAAGAAAAGGGUUUGUUGAAACCUUCCCUACCAUUGUGGUCAUCUUGAAUAAUCACAUCCCAGCACCUUAUCAUCACCAAUUCACGCUAGAUGAAUCAUGAAAGCUGACAAAUAGAAUAGAACCUGCAUCAAUAGUGUUUUUCUGACUUUGCUUUAAUAAAAUAAAAUCUAACAAAAAAGAGUUUCAGUACUCUUUUAAAAGGGCUUCUCUUCCAUUCUACCUUGUGCCACAAUCUAUAUUCACUACUUAAAAUGGCCAACUUUGUCACCUUGUUUAUUCUAUGGUUGAGUGUGAUAUGUACUACUUACAAUGUCAAACUUAUGGCACAUUAUGCAAGGGGAGAAUCAACAAGGUUCUAUGAUUUCAAGGUUCAAACUAAAAGAGUUACAAAACUUUGCAACUCAAAAGACAUUGUCACGGUCAAUGGUAUGUAUCCAGGACCUGUUGUUUACGCGCAAGAAGAUGACAGAAUCAUAGUCAAGGUUACCAAUAAGACACCUUUCAAUGUUACAAUUCACUGGCAUGGUAUCCGGCAGCGGCUAUCAUGCUGGUAUGAUGGACCAUCCUUUAUUACACAAUGUCCAAUUCAAGCAGGCCAGAGUUUCACCUAUAACUUUACAGUGGUGAAUCAAAAGGGCACUUUCUUUUGGCAUGCUCAUGUUUCUUGGCUGAGAGGAACGGUUCAUGGAGCUAUGAUUGUUUAUCCAAAGAAUAGGGUACCUUUCCCAUUUAAGGCUCCUUAUCAAGAGCAACUAAUUAUACUAGGGGAAUAUUGGCUGCAGGAUCUUCAACAAAUUGAGCAUGCCACUCUAGUUAAUGGAGGAGCUCCACCUCCAGCAGAUGCAUAUACCAUUAACAGUCACCCAGGCCCUAACUACAACUGCUCAAUUAAUGAUGUGUACCAACUUAACGUGAUUCCGGGAAGGACCUACUUGUUAAGACUAAUAAAUGCAGGUUUAAACACGGAGAACUUCUUUUCCAUUGCUAAUCACAACUUAACAAUCGUGGAAGCUGAUGGUGAAUACACGAAGCCAUUCACGACAGACACAGUGAUGCUGGGACCAGGUCAAACACUGAAUGUCCUAGUUUCAGCUGAUCGACCAGUAGGAAAAUACUCCAUAGCUGUUGCACCUUACAAGUCUGGCAGGAUUGUCAAAUAUCAAAAUGUUUCAGCCAUAGCCUACUUCAAUUAUAUAGGGGCAGAAUCUAACAGUUCGUAUUUACCAGCUAAAUUACCUAAACCUGAUGAUAAGCUGGCUGUUAAGACAGUCAUGGACGGAUUAAGGAGCCUAAAUCAAGUGAGUGUUUUCAAAGAAAUUGAUAAAAAUAUAUUCAUCACCAUUGGAUUGAAUGUUAAAAAAUGCCACUCAAAGACACCCAAACAAAACUGUCAAGCCAUGAAUAAUGGGGUGCUGACAGCUUCAAUGAACAAUAUAAGUUUCGUUCAUCCCCAUAUUUCAAUCCUAGAAGCUUAUUAUAAGAAAAUAAAUGGAUUGUACACUGAAGAUUUUCCUGACGCACCCUCUAAGUUCUACGACUUCGUUAAUGGUGCUCCUAACAACAUUCCAUAUGACACGGAGUCAUUGAAUGGAACUAGAACUAAGGUCCUUGAAUAUGGUACCAAGGUGCAACUCAUUUUGCAGAACACAGGAACAGUCAACAUUGAAAAUCACCCAAUUCACAUCCAUGGCUACAGCUUUUACGUUGUAGGAUAUGGCACAGGAAACUAUAAUCCACUAACUGCACAAUUCAAUUUGGUGGAUCCCCCAUAUAUGAAUACAAUUGGAGUUCCGGUCGGUGGAUGGGCAGCUGUCCGUUUUGUGGCUGAUAAUCCAGGUGUGUGGUACAUGCACUGCCACAUAGAUAUACACCAAUCAUGGGGACUAGGAAUGGUAUUUAUAGUGAAGAAUGGAAAAGGAGAUCUGGAGUCUUUACCACAUCCCCCACCAGAUCUGCCAACAUGUUAAGGACUACCAACAGAUCAAAACAAAUAGUGCUAACAGAUAAUUCUGUGACCUUUUUUCCAAGUUCGAGUGUUAUUUAGCUCCGAGUUUGUAAUUGUAUAAUGUGGCACUAGUGCAAUUCUUUUAAAAGAAAAACUUAUGGAUGUAAAGAAGCAAAAUGAAUAGAUGAAUGUGAAUCUCUUUUA